GCAACAUGGCCGCAAGGCCUGCAGCUGUACGGUGGAGUAGAAUAAGCUAUUUAUAGCUUCUUUUGCAUUUUGUUGUUUAUAUGCUUAGUAUAAAUGUAAGCCUAGUACCAUCUCUGCAGUUUUUGUUGAAGGGGUUCUGGACGAAACAGCACGGAAACUGUCGAGCCACCUCCAAAUUUAUCACCUCGACGUUUAGAUAUCUCAAGCGAAGCUUUAAUUUUACUCACAAGGAAAUCGAAAAUUUAUUGAGUAAACUAUACCACAGGUGAAAUCUUACAAUGACGAAAGGCGGAGCUAACAAGAAACAGACGAAAGGGCAACGGCGCGACGAGCUUGAAAGGAAACGAGAUGACCGUGUGAGGCGAAAUGCUUUGAAAAAAGAGCGCAAAAUGAAAGAGUACCUUGAAGAUGAUCAAGACUUUGCCAGCUUCAGUAACCAGCUGGAGGCGCUGGGUUUGAAGAUCAAAGAUAUCCCAGGAGACGGAAAUUGCUUGUUCCGGGCCUUGGGGGAUCAGAUUGAGGGAGAGCACACGUCCCACGCCCGGCACAGAAGAGAAACAGUCAAAUACAUGAGAGAUCAUAGAAGUGACUUUGAACCGUUUAUGGAGGACAAUGUGUCAUUUGAUAAGCAUUUAGAGCAAUUAUCGAAACUUAGUACUUAUGGUGGAAAUGACAGCAUUGUGGCUUUUGCACGUAACCAUGGUGUCAAUAUUGUCAUACAUCAACUCAAUGAACCUCGAUGGGUUAUUUAUGGUGGAGAUUACAGCAAGAAUGGACAAGCUCGAGAGCUACAUAUCUCUUACCAUAAUGGUGAACAUUACUCAUCUGUACGACGCAUUAAUGACAACACUACAGAACCAGCUUGGGUUAAACAUAAUGAAAAAACAUCUGCAGUUACAGCUCCUGUAAAACCACAACCUUCAGAAAGCAAAAAGGUGAGAAAGUCUAAAGAAAAGGAAAAAAGAAAAGACACAACAGCUGAUAUUGACAACAUGGCUUUUCUACAAGGAGGCGAGCUCACAGCAGAGGAGUUAGUUAUGGCAGCCACUGGAUGUAAGGACUUGGUUACCAUCGCUCAAACUCUUGAGGAUAACGCUUAUGAUGUUGAUGCCUCCAUUCAUUACAUUCUUCAGUUGAUGUGUGUUGCUGAGGACACAGGGUGUUUGUCUGACGAACUUUAUGCCACCAGCAGUGAACUAGUAAAUCAUGUUCCAAUGACGGAAUGCAAUGUGUUGGAAUCUGAAAAAUCUGCUGACAUGGAAAUUAAGGAUCUUAAUACAAACAAUUCUACUGGUGAAACAUGUAGUUGUUCCACUGAGGAUAACACACAGUUAUCAGAUUUGGGGACUAAAGAAGAGACAGAAAACAGUAAUUUAAAUCUAUCAAGCAAUCCAAAGAGUGAAACUGUACAGGACUUGAGUGAAUCCAUAUCACGUGGCGACCAUAAAUCCAGUAAGACUUAUGAGCAGCAAGGGGCAAGGCCCAAAGUUGUUGAUAGGUCUAAAAACAGACAAGGAACAAGUAAUGUGCACUUGAGUAACAAGAAAAGAAAGGAACUUGCAAAGCAGGAGAAAAAGAAACGAAGGGAUGAAAGGAGAAAGGAGGACUCGAUUCCCUGUCUUGAUUCUGGAGCUGCAGGGGAACAAAAUACCAGCAAUGGUAUUGUUGCUGAUUUAGGACUUCUUGCAAUAUAGAAGUCCGCAAGUCUAUUUC